GUCACGGAAGUUCGUGAAUUGACUUGCUUUUCUGAGCAAAAAAAAAAAAGUGAGGACAACUCUUGUUUUUCAAGACAAAAAAAAAACAUAUACAUAGACCAUGGCCAUUGAGGAAAAGAAGCGCAAGCAUAAAGAGAGUUCAGAAAAGAGUAGCAAAAAAAAGCACAAGUCUGCUACAAAGAUCACCACACCUGCUUCUCCCGUCACUACUAUUGCAACAACACCAACUGUUUCAAGCUCUUUCUCGGAAGUUGUAGUCAAACUCUAUCUUCACUUGGCCCCUAUGUGGUCCGGAAAGACUAUGGAAGGCGUCAACGAACAACUGAAUGCAUUUUUGAUGAAAUACCUUCCUGAAGUUGAUGGCGUUGUUCUUGCACAUUCUGACGUGAAAUUCGUGACAGAGAAAGGAAAAAUCCUCUAUGACUCACCUUUCUUUCACUUUUUCAUUACAGCCAAAUUCUUGGUCUGGAAACCUAAAAGAGGAUCCAAACUUGUUGGACGCAUCAACUUGCAAUCAGAAGAUCAUAUUGGUCUUUUAAUUUAUGGCACCUUCAACGCUUCUAUUCCAAAGUCUCGCAUACCUUCUUCUGUCUACGAAUGGAAAGUCAAUGAAGAAGAAACAGUGCCUGAAGUGAAGCAAGAAGACGAGACUGAGCAAGAAUCGGAACCAGCAGCUGAAGAAAGAACUAGAACUCAAUAUGGUGAAUGGAUCAAUAAAUCCACUGGCAGUAGUAUUGGUGGUGAAGAUGGUACACUUGAAUUUAACGUAGUUGACAUUAUUGAAGCCAAUGACAUUUUGACUGUUACUGGAUCUCUUUAGACUGUAAAUUAAAUAUUGACAAUACAAAAAAAAAUCAACCUUUCCUCAGAACGCACAUCCACACGUAAACACACAUACACCUCUUUACAUUUUUAUAUUAAACUAUUAUCUGCAUGCCA